AUGGCCGAGGAUCCUCGAGAAACCGGCUCUUCACAGGAGCCGGGUAGUCACCUACCUGCCAGCGUUCCCAACAACGAUCCUAAGCAACCAAAGCACCAAUUCCCGCAAUCGCAAGUCGGGAAGCUCUGGGAUGCCUUCGGCAACCCCGAAGAACCCGUCAAUGCCCUCGCUACUGCCACGUACAAGCCGCGAGGCAAGGACACCAAGGAUGUGUCCUACUCUGAAGUGGUCGGCAAUGUUUCUCUUUCUGAGAUUUCCUCAUUCUACAAGGCUCCAUGCGCUCGUGAAUCACUCUUGACUGGAAUCGGCGCGGGCUUUGGAAUCGGUGGCGUUCGAGCUGUUUUCGGAGGUCUCCGGUCACUAUGGUCCGCUGGCAACUGGGCUGUCGGUAUCUUCGCCGUUACAUCCCUCGGAGCAUAUGAGCUGUGUCGACGAAGACGCAUCCAAGAGCUGCAUGGAAUGAAAGAGGCCGUGGAAUUAAUGAAGGAGUUGAAGGAAAAGAAGCAGCGGGAUAAGGAGAAAGCUGCCGAGGAAGCAGCUCGCCGAGCUGAGGAAGAGAAGAGCAAAAAGAGCUGGACGAAUCCAUCCAACUACAAAUUUUGGUGA